AUGAUACUUCUUUUGAGUUCUUAUGCUGCAAGACUAAAGAAUCGUCAAGAGUCAACAUCCGGCGAGAAGUUCAUUAAAAUUGUAAAGGUAGGCCUCGAGAGGUCAAAAGGAAAAAGGAUGGUCCCAAUCCCACAAACAACUCAAACCAAAGUCGAGACGAUGAAGGAGAAAAAAAUAACUCACCUAAAUAGAACCAUAAACUGA